CUGAGCAGCACAGGACCACARACAGUCUCACUGAGUCAGUAGACAUGGAGGAUGGGAAGCCUGAUCUGCUGCUAGUCAAAGAGGAGACCAUAGAAGACGGCCCAGAGAGCAUUGAUCUGCUGAGUAGACUAAAGAUGGGGGAGCAAGGUGGUUGGCUGGAGGCUAACAGAGGAGACUGGGGAGCCAUCUUGGAUACCCAGACGGGUGCAGCCAAGGGCCCAGGGUACAUCAUCACCGAGCAGGCCAGGACCAAAGGCGACUUAGUGGAGGCCAGUGGAUGGGACAGCAUCCUCAACUCUGGGCUGGGGAACAACACUGUUAACCACAACCAGAAACAGACAAUUGAACACAAAACAACAACAAAACUAAAUCUCCAAGACAACAGACUGGCUGWGACCAGGACGAGGCGUCGAUUUGGUCUACGAGGAUGGGGAGGUGUUGGUAUGCGYCAGGAGAGAACAGACAUAGACUCGGCUAGCGAUGCUCCAUCCUGUUCUUAUAGUUGUGAUUCAGAGAGACUGAUGGCGCCUCAGAURAACUCCCUGACAGGUGCUGCCUUCAGCCUGCCUUCUAUAGGAUCUAUCAACUGGAACAUGGACCCUGCGACAACACAGACACUCCCUGUCCUCCGUCCUCACACUCUCCUAAUGUUAAACCAGACCUCAGACAAUGCCAGAGUCUCAACACUAAAUGGCUACACAAGCCCAUUAACAAAUGAGAGUAGCAGAGACGGAAUCAGGAAAGGUGGCAGUGCCAAAGAGAAGCGCUUCCACUGUUCAUUCUGUGGGAAAGCCUUCACUUUCCCCAAACAGGUGGAGAUCCACCAGAGGAUGCACACGGGGGAGAAACCUUUUGGCUGCCACCUGUGCCGGGKCAGUUUCUCAGACUCAUCAAACCUGAAGAGGCACCAGAGGGUCCACACAGGGGAGAAACCCUACAGCUGCCCCCAGUGUGAGAAGAGGUUCUCCCAUCAGCACCAGCUAAAGAUGCACCUGAAAGUCCACACGGGAGAGAGGCCGUUUGCCUGUACGCACUGUGGGAAGAGGUUCUCAGAGAGGAGCUACCUCAGGAUACACCAGAAGAAAAUGCACACGGCCCAUGUAUAGAGUYUAGUGGUGACAUGUAAUGUAGUACUAGUUAGUAUGUUUGUAGUCAAUUCUGUUGUUUUUGGAUGUAGUUGGGAACUGGAUGAGGUGAACUGAGUAUGAUGAGGCAGAGUAGAUUAUGUGGUGAUGUUUAUUGUGAUGCUGUCUGUAAAAAUACUUCAACCUUGUCCUGUUGUUUGAUGCUGGGGUUUUAUGAGGAAAUGAUAGUCCCUUAAUUAAUGUUUACUUGACAUGAAGUAGUAAAGAUGUGUGUAAUGUGAUGUUGAACUGUUUCCAAAGUAUUCUAAAACAAAUUUUAUCAAAGUGAGGGUACCAGAUUUACAGAAAAGGUAAAGUGUUACCACAGUGAGAAAAGUUAUU